GCUUCUCAGUCAGUCAUGACGUUUCUACACAACUUAUUGGUAACUAUUCUCCUCUUGGGGCUGUACUGCGCGGCCGGCGACGCUGCUGCCAUAGAUCUCAGCCUUGAUUCGUACCAAGAGAGGGCGGCGGCGUCAACGGAGGAGACGCGGGACUGGUGGCAGGUUGCCCAGUUCUAUCAGAUCUAUCCACGAUCCUAUAAGGACUCUGAUGGCGAUGGCGUUGGCGAUCUGCAGGGCAUCAUAUCGAAGCUGGACUACCUUAAGGAGAUCGGAGUCACGGCCACUUGGCUGUCACCCAUUUUCACCUCACCAAUGGUAGACUUUGGCUACGAUAUCUCCGACUUCUUCGACAUCCAGCCAGAAUAUGGCACACUGGACGAUUUCGACCAGCUUGUAGCUGAGGCCAAGAAGCGGAACAUCAAGAUCAUCCUUGACUUUGUCCCGAAUCAUUCGAGUGACGAGAACGACUGGUUCAAGAAGUCAGUCAAGAGGGAGAAGGGCUACGAGGACUACUACAUGUGGCACGAUGGCUAUGUCAACUCCACCACUGGGCAGCGAGAGCCGCCCUCUAACUGGCUACAGGCUUUCCGUGGCAGUGCGUGGGAGUGGAACGAGGAGCGGCAACAGUACUACCUUCACCAGUUCGCCGUGCAGCAGCCCGAUCUCAACUACCGCAAUCCCCUGGUGGUGGCACAAAUGAAGCGUGUGCUGACCUACUGGCUGGAUCGGGGCGUUGCCGGUUUCCGCAUGGAUGCCGUCCCCUGGUGCUUUGAGUCACUGCCCGAUGCCAAUGGACGCUAUCCAGACGAGCCGCUGAGCGGCUACACAGAUGAUCCUGAUAAUUCGGCCUACCUGAAGCACAUUCACACCCAGGAUCUGCGCGAGACGGUAGAGAUGGUCUUUCAGUGGAGGACACUCCUGGACGAUUACCAGCGCGUCCAUGGUGGAGACACGCGCGUCAUUAUGGUGGAGACCUACUCUCAGCUGGACUACGUAAUGCAGUUUUACGGCAAUCGAACGGCGAAAGGAGCAGAGAUUCCAUUCAACUUCCAAUUCAUUGUGGGCGGAAAUGGGGAUAAGAACAAUACUGAACUCACUGCAGGCGGAUUUGUGAAGAUUAUCAAUAGUUGGCUGGGACAAAUACCCGCCGGAAAGACGGCUAACUGGGUGAUGGGAAACCACGAUCAGCGUCGCGUGGGCAGUCGAUAUGGCGAGGAUCGGAUUGACCUAAUGAACAUGCUGCAGAUGUUCCUUCCUGGCGUGAGUAUCACCUACCAGGGCGAGGAGCUGGGCAUGACAGAUCUCGACAUCAGCUGGGAGGACACGCGCGAUCCGUCGGCCUGCAACUCCAACGCGGAUAUCUACGAGGAAUUCACACGCGACCCGGGCAGAACGCCCUUCCAGUGGAGCGAUGAGGCGAACGCCGGUUUCUCCACUAACAGUAACACCUGGCUGCCGAUAAACCCCAACUACUUGACCAUCAACGCCAAGACGGAGAACGCCUCCACUACCAGCCACCUGAGCCUGUACAAGCAAUUGGUGCAGUUGCGUCAGCUGAAGACCCUGCAGCUUGGUUCCACAAGGUAUGCCAAUGUGGGUGACAAUGUGCUGGCCAUCAAGCGAUCGCUGACUGGACAGCCCGCCAUGGUGCUAGUGGCCAAUGUGCUGGACACCAAGGUCACGGGUGUGGAUGUGGCCGGUGUACUGUAUGCCUCCGGCAACUACAAGAUCAAGGUGUCCAAUCCUCAGGCCCAGGCAUCUGCGGGUGACAGCGUUACUCUGAGCAGCCUCUCUCUGGAACCAUACGCGGCCCUUAUUUUGGAGUCGGUGUAGAGUAUUCUAUAUCUAAUCAUAAGUUCAAAAAGCAAAAAAUACAGACACACGCGCACA